AGCAUUCCUCUUAAUGACUCGAUGGGGCGGUCGGUCGCGGCAUGGGCCAAGCCAUAGGCCCAGGUUCCUGGCUUUAGCGCGCCAUGGAGGACCAGGAAGGCCUCCACGGAAGAGGAGCUGGGAAGGGCUUCCAGUCAGUCUUUGGCGUGAAAGGCGACCCGAAGGGCGCGGCUAAAGGCCCCAUGAAGGGCCCUGGAGCUCCGAUGCCUGGGAAGGGCAUGCCUACCAAGCAAAAGCUUGUCAUAUGCCAGUACUGGAAGGAGAACAGGUGCAACCGAGGAGAUCAAUGCUCCUACGCGCAUGGAGAGCAUGAACUGCGAAGCACGCAGCCGACGCACCCGAUGGGCAUGAAGGGCGGCCCACCGAUUGGCAAAGGUCCAAUGCCUCCAGGUAAGGGAGGCCCCGCCAUGGGACCUGGAGGUGUCAUGCCGCCUCCACCGGUUCCUCAGAAUAGAAAGACUCAACUUUGUGUCUACUUCAAGGAAGGCCGCUGCACGCGUGGCACCGGUUGCAACUAUGCUCAUGGCGAGCACGAGCUGAUCGAUCGAGGUCGCGCUGCUCCUCCGCCGGCACCUGCUCGCCCGAUGAACAGAUUUGAUGUCAGACCGCCGCCUCAGGUUCCUCGCCAUCUUCGGCCACCUGACCGGCCCAGGCCAGAUGUGUCUCAGAGACGACUGAGAAAGAUGGUUUUUGCCAGGUCAGAAACGCUUGAACCAGUCGAUCGGUCAGAUUGCGCCGUUCUUGAUCCACCAGCCGAAGAGACAGCGCCGAACGAGGCUGCGGUGAAUGGGUCCACGCCGAAAGGCGAGGAUGUGGUGCCAGACACAGAGCAGGCUGCAGAGAACGGGGAGGCCGAAGCGGAGGUGAAGGAGGACGCCGAGGAUGCGGCGAAGCAGGGCAUUGAAGUGGAUGUCGAUGCCGAGGCAGACGCGGAGAAGGAGAAAGCUGCGCCGAAAGGUGCCGCUGCGGCUCCAUCCGCGUCCUUUUUGCUGAGCGAGGAGGAGGGAGCGCAGUUGGAUGAGCUGUACGGCAUAGGUGCGCAACUGUUGCGCAGUAUGGGCUGGCGUCCGGGCGGUGGGGUUGGGGCCAACCUGGACGGAGAGCUUGAACCAGUGUCCAUCCAGAUCCUCGGCUUGCCUUCUACCCACUACGGCCGGAAGGACCGGCGGUGUUUGGGGCGACGGAAACCCAAGCGCCUCCGAGAUUCCGACGAGUCCAGCCCUUCGAGGACGCCUUCCUCCUCAUCGAGCAGAUCAAGCAGUAAGUCAUCGCAGAAGAGCUCUAAGAGCAGCAGCCCCUCCAGCCGAAAGAAGAAGAGAAGGAGAAGACACAAGCGCAAGAAGUCGCGAAGUACUUCGAGCCGCAGGUCAUCUCCUUCCAGCAGCUCGUCAUCGAGCAAGAGCAGGAAGAAGAGGAAAGGCAAGUUCACCUCGGAAGCGCCGCCGAACGCGGCUCCUGGAGCCGCCGCUGCUGGCGGCGCCGGAGGAGCCGCGGCCACCGCAGCGCAGCAGGCUGUGCAAGAGGAUCCAGAGACGGCACAAGCCAAGAAGAGGGUGCUUGCCAAGCUCACGGAGCUACAGAAGGUCGAGCCCAAAGAGCAGCGCGCAAAGGAGUUCAGAAAUAUGCUGCGCGAUUGGCAUCCGGACAAGAACCCCGAGAAAAAGGACAUGGCGACUGCCGUGUUCCAAUUCCUCCAAAAGGGAAAGAGCCUGCUCAACCUCAAGUGAGGAGGCAAGGCUGCUGCCUGCACCUGCGUUAAUGAGAGCCGGAAGUGUAGGCAGUCCACUUGAUGUCCACAGACCAACACAAGCACAAAGCAUAUCAUUGAGC